GCCGGCCGGUCGGCGGCCGCAUGAGCCGUGUGCGGGGCUUGCUGUGCCGGGCCUGCCUCGCGCUGGCCGCGGCCCUGGCCGCGCUCCUGCUGUUGCCGCUGCCGCUGCCCCGCGCGCCCGCCCCAGCCCGGGCCCCGGCGCCGACCCCCGGCCCCGGCCUGCGCGGGCCCCCCGCCCGCGCCAACGCCCCCCGUCUGCGGCCCGACGACGUCUUCAUCGCGGUCAAGACCACCCGGAAGAACCACGGGCCGCGCCUGGGGCUGCUGCUGCGCACCUGGAUCUCCCGGGCCCCUCGGCAGGUUCUCUCUCCCCAGACAUUCAUCUUCACCGAUGGGGACGACCCUGAUUUACAGCUCCAGGGAGCAGGCAGCCAUGUCAUCAACACCAAUUGCUCAGCCGUGCACACCCGGCAGGCACUGUGCUGCAAGAUGUCGGUGGAGUAUGACAAGUUCAUCGAGUCUGGACGCAAGUGGUUCUGCCACGUGGAUGACGACAACUACGUGAAUCCCAGAAGCCUGCUGCAGCUGCUGUCCACCUUCUCACCCAGCCAGGACAUCUACCUGGGGCGGCCCAGCCUGGACCACCCCAUCGAGGCUACCGAGCGGGUCCAGGGAGGUGGAACUGUGACCACUGUCAAGUUCUGGUUCGCUACCGGUGGGGCUGGAUUCUGCCUGAGCAGAGGCCUUGCCCUCAAGAUGAGCCCAUGGGCCAGCCUGGGCAGCUUCAUGAGCACAGCCGAGCGGGUGCGGCUCCCGGACGACUGCACGGUGGGCUACAUUGUGGAGGGCCUGCUGGGCGCCCGUCUGCGGCACAGCUCGCUCUUCCACUCCCACCUGGAGAACCUGCAGAGGCUGCCAGCCGCCACUGUGCUGCAGCAGGUCACCUUGAGCUACGGGGGUCCUGAGAACCCCCGUAAUGUGGUGAAUGUGGCCGGAGGCUUCAGCCUGCAGCAGGACCCCACACGAUUUAAGUCCGUCCACUGCCUUCUCUACCCGGACACGGACUGGUGUCCUGUGCAGAAGCAGGGCGACCUCAUCUCUGAGUGACCCUUGACUCCUGACCCAGGAGUUGCUCUGGCUCUGCCCAAGGGAGGAAGAAUGGUACUGCUUCUUGCUGGCUUCAGUUGACUCCCUCAGGCGGUCAAGGCCACGGCCACAUCCACAUCCAGGGAGACGUGAGCGUCCAGCAGACAGCUGGCCUGCAGACCUCCCCCACAGUCCCUGGCAGGCCCGUGGGAUCAGGCACCUUGGGAGAGUGAGGACAUGCCCGCCCUCCCCAUGGGCCCAGACUCUGUAGUGUGUGGGCUGCCCCUUCUCCCAGCUCUGCUCCCACAGGAAGGGUCUGCACUCUCGUGUCUGGGGCCGGGGAGGGGGCUGUGUCCGGCUCUCUGGGCUCUGUCCUGCUCUCCUCACCUGCUGGAGGGGGCCCUGGGUGGACCAAGUGCUAAGGAGUGGGCCCAAGGCCAGGGUUCCUUCGCAGACGUUUUACCUGCAAGCCUCGGGGGCGCGGCCCUCCCCACACCGAGCUUGGUGCCCAGCCAGGGCAUCGCGGUCUUGGGGGACACGGCACUCAAGGAUUCAGGCCUCCCGGCCAGCCAUGCUCUUGGGUGUCUCCAUGCAGAGGCCGCCUUAUUGGGGGGCCCCUCAGCCAAGGCCUCUGUCAGGUUCUUCAGCCAGACCCCCUUACUGGGGGCCUUGAAGACACCUCUCCAGUCUGACUCAGUACUUGCCCUGCUCGCCUGACCCCAAGUCCGUAAGACAGCAGCAGACUUCUGUUUGGGGCCCCCUCUGCAGUGGGACAGCCUCUCCAUCUGCACACCACCUGCCCUGACUGCCUUUCCACGGGAGGAGUAGGUGACGGAAGGAGGCUAGUGGCUUUUCCUGGCCUCUUGCUAUGCUGUUGCAAUAGUGAAUAAAAGCUUGAUUGUCACUUUC